CGGUCUCCAGAGACAGGUACGUAGUCACGUCUGCAAUGAUCGUCAAUAUUGUACAAUGAUGGAACUGCGUGGUCAGAUUUAUAUGCGAGUCUUGCGACAAUGAACCUUCCCUACCCUGAAGCGAUAUUCGAGCUUGAAUAUUUCCGACAGAAUCCGCUCCCAUUCUAUACUCUUGCACAGGCGCUGUACCCCGGAAAAUACCGGCCGACGCUCACGCAUUCGUUUAUCCGUCUUCUUGAUUCAAAACGGCUCCUUUAUAGGUGUUUCACGCAGAAUAUAGAUACGCUUGAGCGGCGCGCAGGGGUGCCGACCGACAAGGUGAUCGAGGCUCGCGGGAGUUUUGCUUUCCAGAAGUGCAUUGAUUGCGAUGAACCCUAUGACGAUGCACGGAUGAAGGAUCACAUCCGCGACAAAAAGAUUGCACAUUGCGAGAAAUGUAGAGGUUUGGUUAGACCCGGUACUGUAUUCACUGACGAAUCGGUACCGGACGAGUUCAUACGCGCCUCCUCUUCCGUUAGAAUAGCCGAUCUCCUCAUCAUCAUCGGAACAUCCCUGACUAUGCCCUCAUUCGCAGCUUUGGCAGACUUGGCGAACCCGCUCUGUCCACGAGUCCUUAUCAACCUGGACAAAGUAGGAGAUCUGGGACGGCGGACUGAUGAUGUGCUUCUUCUGGGGAAAUGCGACGAAGUUAUCAGUGACCUGUGUGACGAGUUGGGAUGGAAGGAAGAGCUGACGACGUUUUGGGCAGAAACAAGGCUUGACGAAGGCACAAAGCCAAAGGAGGACAUCGAUAACGAGACUGAAGUGAAUGCAAAGGUUGACCACCUGGUCGGCAAAAUCGAAACAGCCUUGACCUUGGACCAGGGUCAGGAGAAGUCAGAGAAUGAACCCAAGACAGAGGAUGAGAAUAAUAGGCCUAUUGGAGAAGUUGAAGCGAAGAUUGUUCAGGGUAAAGAACUUCCUGUGGGGGCUGUUCCGACGACAGAGGACAACCCAUUUUCGAAAGUUCCCAUUGACACUCCUCUGCAUUCGGAUCUCCCUGCCAAUCAAAGCCCGAGCCGCGGUGAGGAUACUCCUGGAAAGCUCUGAAUUUGUACGACUGGCGGUAUGCUGCAAUAUGUGCUAUAUGUAACAUUUUAUGAGUGAAGUCUGUACAUUGUUGGUUCGUUUUAUGCCCUCUUAAAUAUACAUGUCAUUGGGGGGUUAUCCCCGGUGCAUCAUCUUUUGAGCUGCUUUACGUUACAU